CGAACCUCUGGUAUUUGGCCACCUUUAGAGAAGAUCCCAGAAGGCCUGGCUGGAGGGAUUGAAGGACCGAGCGGGUGAUUGCGUCUCCUUAGAACGGUGGAACUGCUUCGGUUUGAGAAUGAAAAGCCAGGCUAGGCUCCAAGAAAGGCCGGCCGUGGGUCUGGAAUGAAUGGUCCAAUAAGAUCCUCUACCAUUCCCAAUUUUCGUCAGUCCGUUGACAUCCAUUCAAGCCUGAGCAUACCAUGAUCUUUGAAGUCCUCCUCACCCUGAGUUGUGGUGUUACGCUUUUGCCCCAAGAGAUCAGUGCCUCGAAACUCUAUGUGAGGAACAUGAAACCAAUCACGUCCAAUGGGGAAGAGUUGAUUCCAAACUUUUGCAAUUGCACCACUGAUUGUUUAUCGGCAGAAGGUUUACUCUACCAUGGAAUCACUCUAACAAACGAAGAAAAGGCCGAUGUCCCACGUUGGGGCCUUCGCACAGCCUUGAAGAUGAAAUGCAUUCAAGAACUGGUCAAAAGAGAAGACCGAGAUUACGGGAAAUGGAGAAUGAUUCGCUACAACGACUUUGACGAGGAGUCCACCACCAAAGGCUUGGCCAGUGAUGCUAGUGGAUCCGAGUUUCUUCAGAUCGUCGGCUUCUUCUUGGAUCAUCUCACCUUGUUCAUAGUGAUAUUUCUCGUGAUCUUCUUCUUUUCGCUCUAUUGGUACUUUCAUUGUCUAAAUGCCGAGACGAAACAUUCAACUUACGCGGACAUUCAGAUUCUUGAAGCCCCGCCCCAAAGGACUAGUCAGCCACGCCCGAGCCUGGGACGGUAUCCGUCGUCCCAUCCAGACGAAGUGACGGAGGUUUGAGACCUCCUCAUCAGCCCGAUCAAUCAUUUAAUCAAUCAAUCAAUCGUAAAUCUGAUUCAAUGUGAGAGACUCGUAUUUUGUACCAAUCGCUUUGUACCAAGAGCUAUGAAUAAAUUAUUUCCACAUA